UCGACGGCAUCCCCAAAGCUUCUCAGCGCUCUCUCUCUCUCGGCCCUGCUCCCCCUGCUCUCCCCUCUUCUCCUCCCCCUCCUCCCCUCUCUCUCCCUCUGUCUUCGUCUCAUCUUUCUGUGUUAUCCUCUUUUUGGAGAUACUCACUCACUCCCUUUUCUUCUUAGCGGUUUACAAUCCUCUUUCCCUGUUGCCGUUCUUUUGAUCCCACUCUAGGCCUUUCUCUUUCCGUAUCGCUCUCAUUUCACUCCGUGUGUGUGUGUUUUGGGUUUUCUUCUUCGGGUUAGACGAAUUUCGAGUGCGUUUCGUUGUGGCGCUUGUCCUUAAGGUUGUAUCAGGAUGUCUCUCCGUCCCAACGCCCGUGUUGAGGUCCGCAAGAAGGGUUUCAAGCUGGCAAUCGAUGCCGAUGAAGCACGUAGAAAGAGAGAGGACAACAUGGUGGAGAUUCGGAAGAGCAAGAGAGAGGAGAGUCUUCUGAAGAAGCGUAGAGAUGGUAUGGUUAAACUGCAGCAGCAGUUCAUGCCCGCCGCGCAGACUGGCGCUGCCGAGAAGAAGCAACUGGAAAGCCUCCCUGCCAUGGUUGCUGGAGUUUACUCUGACGACCCCGCAACGCAGUUGGAAUCAACCACCCAAUUCAGAAAGCUUCUCUCUAUUGAGCGCAGUCCACCAAUCGAAGAGGUUAUCGCAGCAGGUGUUGUACCUCGGUUUGUCGAGUUUCUAGUCAGGAAUGACUUCCCACAGUUGCAGUUCGAAGCUGCCUGGGCGUUGACAAAUAUUGCUUCCGGAACUUCUGAUCACACCCGGGUGGUUAUUGAUCACGGAGCUGUGCCAAUUUUCGUUCAGCUCCUGAGUUCUCCGAGCGAUGACGUUCGAGAGCAGGCUGUAUGGGCAUUAGGGAAUGUAGCGGGUGACUCUCCAAAGUGCAGAGAUCUUGUUCUUAACCAUGGCGCUUUGAUGCCUCUGCUUGCUCAGCUUACUGACAACACGAAGUUGUCAAUGCUGCGGAAUGCAACGUGGACCCUAUCCAACUUUUGUCGUGGCAAGCCUCAGCCACCUUUCGAGCAGUCCAAGCCUGCACUCCCAGCUUUGGAGCGACUCAUUCAUUCAAAUGAUGAAGAAGUCCUUACAGAUGCAUGCUGGGCCCUAUCUUAUUUGUCCGAUGGAACAAACGACAAGAUACAGGCUGUGAUUGAAGCUGGUGUUUGCCGACGUCUCGUGGAGCUACUGCUCAGCCAUCCAUCACCGUCCGUGCUAAUUCCUGCACUGCGCACCGUGGGCAACAUCGUUACUGGUGACGACCUUCAGACCCAGUUCAUCAUCAACAACCAGGCCCUUCCUUGUCUCCUGGCUCUCCUGACCAACAAUCACAAGAAAAGCAUUAAGAAAGAAGCUUGUUGGACUAUUUCGAACAUAACCGCAGGAAACAAGGAUCAGAUUCAGGCCGUGAUUGACGCGAACAUUAUUCCACCGCUUGUAUCUUUGCUCGCCACUGCUGAGUUUGACAUCAAGAAAGAAGCAGCUUGGGCUAUUUCGAAUGCCACAUCCGGUGGAACGCACGAUCAAAUCAAAUACCUCGUCAACCAGGGUUGUAUUAAACCACUUUGCGACUUAUUGACCUGCCCAGAUCCGAGAAUUGUAACCGUCUCCCUUGAAGGUCUGGAGAAUAUCUUGAAGGUCGGAGAGCAGGAGAAAGAUCUUGGAAAAACUGGUGGGAUCAACGAAUAUGCUCGCUAUAUUGAUGAAGCCGAGGGCUUAGAGAAGAUUGAGAACCUCCAAACUCACGAUAACAAUGAAAUUUACGAGAAGGCUGUAAAGAUCUUGGAGACGUACUGGUUAGAAGAGGAUGAGGAGCAGAAUACUGCACCUGGUACAGAUGGUCAAAGCUUCGCGUUCGGUUCAAGUAAUGUCGCAGGAGCUCCUCCUGGUGGAUUCAACUUUGGCUGAAAGCUCUCUGCUAAAUUUGGCAUUUAUUACCCUUAUGCAGGAACGAGGCUUCUGGAGAAAUCUCUUAAUGCCUCAAACUACUUUUGAGGAGAGGCGCUGUGCUCAGAAAGGCAUCUCCCAUGAUGCUUUUCUAGCUGCGACCUUGAAUAUUGGUUACUUGUAGGAAAGUGUCUGGUCCUGAGUCUCACUGCCUCCCCCUAAAGGUGGUUCGUGAAUAACUUGGUUGUGGGAUCAACCACUCUCUAACAGAACUAAUCUGUGCAAAGUUCUGGGCGUCUGGUGCACACACUGUUCAGACCUGACUACUUUGCUGGGUCUGGGUUUCUGAUUUGAAACCCAUAAUCUUUUGCAGCAGCUGCUGCAACAACAUCCCCACGUUUGUGUCGUCCCACAUUCGUGUAGAGUCCUGCUGUGUGCAAGUCGUGGAACGGUUGCACUCAGCCCUAUUGACGCAUCCAGCACCAUAGGAUGCAGCCAGUCGUGUUGUCCCACCCGUGGUUGUAUCCAUCAGAUAAUUUUUGAUUGGUCAGCUGUCACUACUGUCCGUCCUAGCCUUACAUUAGUUAUAAAGUCAUAAGGAGUCUUUUCUGGGGAGUUAAGCUUUAUAUCUAUGUCUCCUCAGUUGCUAACCUUUGGCUAUGCUUAGCAUGGUCUGACUAAUUCACUCAAGAAGGGUGCUUGAUACCUGCAAGCGACCCUCUAAUUAUGACAAUGACUCUGACUCUGUUCCAAUCGUCUGCCGAUGUGUCAUUUCUCUUGUUCAAAUGCAUGCUUGAAUGACUGAUCGUUUGGCUUUCACGGCCGACCUCUUGAAUAUGCUGAUAUGCACAGUUGACAGCCCAAAUUACCCGCUAACAUUAUAAUCUUGAGAAGCCAGUGGAGUUCCGUGUGCCUCGUGACGUAUUCAGAUGCUAUAAAUGGCGCAUCCGAUUGGAUUGUGCGGGCAGCGGAGGUCUCUUGCUGCGUUGCAGCUGGAACGUUCAAUUUUUCUAGAUCACUGCCUAGUGCUACAAUUUUGACGGCUAUAUUUGUUAUGACCACAUGCUUUUCAGCUGAAUUCUCAGGUGCAUGUGACGGAAAGAAUUUUACUGCGGAAUCUUAUCCAGAUAGUAUAUACUCGUUUUGAGUGAUUAUGACUUGAUAAUUCAGAUAAUGCUUGGGUUCGAUGUAACUUGCAUUAUCUCCGGCCUUUUAUGUGCUCAGCACGUAUUCAAUUUAGAAUUAUCUAUCUGAUUACGUGACUCAAUUUCGUUCUCGUUUCAUCUUUCUUAGUGGAGCUGAUUUUGUCCUAUUCUACCGCUCGCGAAUGUAUUGCGGGGAUUGGGUUAAUGGUUAACCAUUCCUUGCUUAACUAUAGUGCCUUUCAGCCUA